AUGUACUUGCGUGUUACAGCGGCGGUUCAGCAGCCGCUUUUGGCCGCCUCACCACCUCUCCCAACUGCCGUCGGCUCCGGCCGCACACGCUACACACACCUCUCUCACUAUCAAAUAUGGAGAGGGUUGCAGGAACUGCAACCCACGAUUCGCAUGUGA